AUGGGUGUCACUGGACUCUGGACUGUAGUCCAACCCUGCGCUCGACCGGUCAAACUCGAAACCCUCAAUCGAAAACGACUCGCCGUCGACGCGUCCAUUUGGAUAUACCAGUUCCUCAAAGCCGUUAGAGAUAAAGAAGGAAAUGCGCUCAGAAAUGCACAUGUUGUUGGAUUCUUUCGUCGAAUAUGUAAACUUCUCUUCUUUGGGAUCAAACCCGUGUUCGUGUUCGAUGGUGGGGCACCGAUUCUCAAACGUCAAACUAUCGCGGCGAGAAAGAAGAGACGAGAUGGGAGAAGAGAAGAUGCUGUAAGGACGGCUGGGAAGUUAUUAGCGAUCCAGAUCCAGAGACGGGCAGAAGAGGAACAAGCAAAGCGCGCGGCGGGCUAUGAAGAAGAUGUGGAGGAGCAAGAGCCUUUGGGAGCGCCGAACUAUGUUGACGAGAUACUUAUGACGCCACAGGAGAGGAUACGCAACAGAAAAUUCCGAAAGCAGGAUCAGUAUCAUCUGCCUGAUCUCGAGACAGAUUUAACUCAGCUGGGAGGAGCGGAUGAUCCUCGGAUUAUGUCCCAGGAGGAGCUGGAAGAAUACGCGAGACAGUUCCAUAAUGGCGAGGAUAUCAAUUUGUAUGACUUUUCGAAAAUUGAUUUUGACAGUCCAUUCUUUAUGAGCUUACCGGCGACCGAUCGAUACAACAUUCUUAAUGCUGCUCGAAUUCGCAGCCGUCUACGAAUGGGUUACUCGAAAGAACAGCUUGAUUCCAUGUUCCCUGACCGAAUGGCAUUUUCAAAGUUUCAGAUUGAACGAGUCAAGGAGCGUAAUGAUCUCACACAACGAUUGAUGAAUCUCAAUGGCAUGAAUGGCGCAGAUGUUGCGUUUGAUUUCAACUCUGGUAGGCGUAUUGCUGGAGAACGUGGAAAGGAGUAUGUUUUAGUCAAAAACCCCGACGUUGAAGGCGGAUGGGCGCUUGGUGUUGUGGGCAACAAAGAAGGCACAGCGGCCGAUCGUCCGAUUGAUGUUGAUGAGUACGGUUUACCUGAUGUUCUACCGGCGAAGGAUGACGAAGAAGAUGAUGAUGCUUUUGAAGAUGUGCCUAUUGAAGGAUUGAACAGACUUCCUAAGCUACCUUUUCUGCAAAAGGGCGUGUUUGAUGAAUCUGUUCAGCGACAGAUGGAUCGGAGAAACGAGCUUCGUGCAGCACACCAGUCUCAAAUAGACGAGGAAGAUGAGGAUGCUUUGUUUUUCUCGGCACCUGGAGACACCGACGAUCUGUUUGGAGAUAGCGAGGACGAAGACCUUCAAAAAGCGAUAGCCAUGUCUCUUGAACCGCAUCAAGAGGAGCAGGCUAGACAAGUCAUAUCACCAGAUUCUAAGCCGAUUGUAGCUCCUACUUUCGAACCCGAGCUUACCCCCGAAAGCGAUGAUGACGAUAUGGAUUUUGCCGCGGCUUUAGCACGAUCUAAACAGUCUCAGCCAGAACUUAAACCCAAUCCUAUGCGACCAGAGGUUGCACCUGAGUAUAAGUUUAGCGGCCCAUUGCCAUUCGAGUCCCUCAAGAUCAAUAUGCGAGCAAAAGAAGAACUACCACAAGCUGACCUGCUUGAUGAGGAGGCAGGAGGCUUUGAGAAGCAGGCUGAAAGCAAGCAAAGCAAAGCGAAGAAGAAAGCCGCCGCUCUUCCACCGUGGUUCAGCAAGGAUGAUGGAACCAAGCAAGAGUUUAUAGCCGAGAAGACUGAAGAAGAGCCUGAGAAGAAGACCUACGAUGAUGUUAUUUUCGACAAGGCAGAAGUCAUGCAACAGCGUUCGUCGCCUGAUGUGACUGACCUUGAUGAGAUACCGGAUACUAAGCAGGUGAUUGAUCUUGAGUCUGAUAGCGAAGUACAGGAUGAACAAGCCCCUGUAGAUGUUGAGCCAUUCACGGAGGAGAAACCGGUCUUGAUGAGUGAUUUUGCGGAAGAUGUUCGAGUAAACCCUCCAAACCCGCCUGUUGAAGUUAUGGCGCCUCAUGUGCCUCCUGAGGAGGAUCAUUCUGUAACAGAUGCUUCCGAGAAAGUAGUUUCUGACUGGGAGCCUACGGACGAUGAGCGGGAGGCUCCCUCACGGACAGAAACAGUGGAAAAGGCAGCGCCUCCAGCUGAGGAUUCAACUAUAGAACCGAAGUCGCCUUCUCCAGAGUUUGAGGAUGUUCCUCCUCCAAUAAAUACAGAAGCUUUCCCUGGAAAUUCGGCGGUAGAACAUGAUGCAGCAUUAUUUGAAGAGCAAGACCACACUGCAGUCGGCAAUGACGAUUACUCUGACCCCGAAGAGGAAGAUCUUAUGCUACAGCUAGCGGCCGAGACGGAAGAGCAUGCGCGUUUUGUGUCUGAAUUCAACAACAAGACCCAGAUUGAGAAUGCACGUGAUUUUGAACAAGAAUUGAAACAGCUGCGGAACCAACAAAAGAAAGACCGAAGAGAUGCAGAUGAAAUAUCUCAGAUUAUGGUUUCUGAAUGUCAACAACUACUCCGUUUGUUUGGUCUACCAUAUAUUACUGCACCUAUGGAAGCAGAAGCUCAGUGUGCUGAGCUGGUGUCUUUGGGGUUAGUUGAUGGAAUUGUGACGGAUGACAGUGAUACAUUCCUCUUUGGGGGUACCAGAAUUUACAAGAACAUGUUCAAUCAAAGCAAGUUUGUGGAAUGCUUCCUUUCGAACGACUUGGAGAAGGAGUAUGCUUUGGAUCGAGUCAAACUGAUACAGUUUGCUCACCUCCUCGGAAGCGAUUACACAGAAGGCAUCCCCGGCGUGGGACCAGUCACUGCUCUAGAGAUUAUCACUGAGUUCAACAACCUCGAAGAAUUCCGCGACUGGUGGAUGCAGGUCCAGAUGGGAGUGGAAAUACCAAAUGACCCCCAUCAGCAGUUUCGCAAGAAGUUCAAAAAGAUGGCAACCAAGGUCUUCUUACCACCGUCAUUUCCUGACCGACAUAUCGACGAAGCCUACAUGCAGCCCGAAGUCGACAGUGACCCGUCCGAGUUUCAAUGGGGUGUGCCAGACCUCAAUGGCCUACGAAGUUUCCUAAUGGCGACUAUUGGAUGGUCUCAACAACGCACCGAUGAAGUCUUGGUUCCUGUGAUUCGCGAUAUGAAUAAGCGCGAGCAGGAAGGCACGCAGUCGAACAUCACGCGAUUUAUGAGCGGCGCAGUCGGCGCAGGAGCGUUUGCGCCAAGGGUCCGGGCGGAUGGCAAGAGUCGGAUGGGUAAGGCAUUAGGGCGAUUGCGAUCUGAAGCUGAGAGUCGGAAAUGGGGGUCUGCCUCUGGACCGACACAACUUGAUGAGCCGGCUGUAGAUCAAGAGGAUUCUGGAUCCACGCGAAAGAAGCGCAAGCGAAAGAGCCAUAAGGACAAGUGA